GGGCGCCCGCCGCCGCGCCACCUUUCCUCUUGGCCGCCGCCAUCUUAGGAUGCACCGCGGCGCUGCCCGCCCGCCCUUCCGCCAGCCCCGGAACCGCUCCCGCUGCCUCAUGCCGCGGUCGCCCCGCCCCGGUAGAUCGCGAUAGAUCCCGAUAGAUCGCGAUAGAGCCCGGUGAGCCCUGCCGGGCCUCGCCAUGCCGCUCUCCACGCAGCCGCUCGGCAGCGGGGAGCCGUACGUGCUGACGGCCAGCUUGGACAAUGCCCGCAACCUGUCCAGCCUCCUGAGGGCCGUGCAGUUCCAGGACCACGCCACCUGCUUCGCCACGGCCAACGGGCUGCGGGUGACGGUGGAGGAUGCCAAAUGCAUCCAGGCCAACGCCUUCAUCCAGGCAGACAUUUUUCAGGAAUUUUCUGUUCAGGAGGAAUCAGUGACAUUCAGGAUCAAUUUGGCUGUUCUUCUGGACUGCUUGACUAUUUUUGGUGCCAGUUCUACUCCAGGAACACCAACAGCUCUCAAGAUGUGUUAUCGUGGCUAUGGCUAUCCCUUGAUGCUGUUCUUAGAAGAAGGAGGAGUAGUGACAGUGUGCAGAAUUAACACUCAGGAACCUGAGGACUUGUUAGACUUUGAUUUCUGCAGUACCAAUGUUGUCAACAAAAUUAUCCUGCAGUCAGAGGGACUACGAGAAGCAUUUGCUGAACUAGAUAUGACAAGUGAAGUUCUGCAGAUCACCAUGUCUCCAGAUAAACCAUAUUUCAGGUUAUCCACUUUUGGAAAUGCAGGAAGUGCACAUCUGGACUAUCCCAAGGACUCUGAUUUGGUGGAAGCGUUCCACUGCAACCAAACCCAGACAAACAGGUACAAGAUUUCUUUGAUUAAACCAUCUACAAAGGCACUGGCUUUAUCUUGUAAAGUCUCCAUUCGAACAGAUAACCGAGGAUUUCUUUCACUGCAGUAUAUGAUUAGGAAUGAAGAUGGACAGAUCUGUUUUGUGGAAUACUACUGUUGCCCUGAUGAAGAUAUUGCUGAAGCAGAGCUGUAGGUAGUCUCCUCCAAACAUGUGGCCCACUGAACCAGCUGGGUCUCGAACCAGAUACAGACACUGCAAAUAAUGCUGUAAGAGCCUGAAGGUUUGCUGCUGCAGCAUGGGAUCCAGAGAGUCUGAUCAGUGGAUGGUUUCUGUGGUGUUGGUCAAGUUUUGGUGUUUGUCAGAAGAUGAGGUCCUUCCUUGCACACUUGGAAAUCAAUAUAUUCCUAUGUCACCAAGUAGGUUGCCCCACAACUCAACAGGAUCCAAAUCCUUUGGGUUUAUUUCAUGUUAUUAAUAAUAAUGUUUUUGUAGACCAUUCUUCACCUCUUGCUCAUGUCAGCAAUCCAUUUAACUGUAUACUUUCAUGGUCUUCUGUGCAAAUCAUCCAUUUAGUGAAAUACAUUUAUAUUUUAAAAAUAACUACAAAUCUUUAAAGUAGAAGACUGAUAAACAUAACUAACAAUGUUCUAAAUUCCUUUUAUUUACUGUUUGUUUUUCAAACUGAAGUAUUCAGUAUAGGUAAACUUAAUUCUGAUCUAGGAUCUCAAUUUCUUCAAUGAAAAGAAUUAGUAUAAUGGCCUCAUUGGGAAUUAUUUAUAUGAUGCCUGACUACUGAGUGUUAAGAAUGACAGGAUAAAAAUGAAACUGAACAUAUGAUUUUUCUCAGUGUGAUUUAUUUUAGAGUAUUGAAGUUCCUUGUAUUGUGCUCAAGGACAUUGCUGUGGCUUAACAUCUGUACUUUUACAUAAUUGACCACAGAUGUACUAUAUUACUUCUCAAAAUAGUACUUUUAAGAAUUUAUUCUGUAAUUACCAACAGCGAUCAUGGAAAUAAUAUCUUGAGAAGUUAGAACACUUCAAAAUACCAAAAACUAGCUGUUCCAUUUCAUAAAUAACUGCUAUUACAGACAUGCAAGAUCUUUUCAAAACUUAGGUUUGUAGCCCUCAGGACCAGCUCAGGCCCUAGAUUCACAGAGGUGGGGAGAUGCUUGUACACAAAUGCUUUCAUGGAUAUACAUGUACUUCUAGGUAGGGAAAAACAAGAAGUCUGGGUAAGGAAAUGAAAUUACUGUGCAAGUAAGGCAAGGCAGGGUUUUAAGAAGCACCUAUGAUGGCAUCUAUUACAUCUCUGUCUUCAGCUACAGUAAAAUAAAAAGGUUGGUGCCCAUCCACCACCAUUUGGUUCUGUAAGGACUGCUGAACACAAAAUCACCAGGAAGGAACUGAGUUCUACACCUCUGUUAGCCAUGGUAAGUAAUCUAUUAUUUAAUUAUGUGUGGAUGUAUCAGGAAAUGCAUUAUUGACUAGAAAGGUCUUUGAUGAUGUUAGUGGAGUAGCUGGAAAAGUUGAUACAAGGCACGAGCUGAUUCCUGUAGGUGGCUAUUUUGAACAUCUUGUAGCAGCUUAUGAAGCCCCAGGAAUCCAGUAGGUGGGCGUUACUAAAUAUGUAGAGUGUGCAUAAAGAGUAAUAGUAGCACUGAGUUGUACUUUUGCUGAUGGAACACUAACAUUAAACUGAAUAAAUAUGGAACUAUUUAAAAAAAAAAAAAAAGUCAUUACAAACUAGAAGCUUGGUAUUACCUUCUGGAGACAGAAACCCAUUUUUAUAUGAAUUAAUCUUUGAGGGGGAGCAGGGCUACUUAGGUAGAAAUGGAAGCAAGGGUCCAUUACAGACUGCUGCAGCAUCUUUCUACUGUACUUCUCACUCUUGUCAGGCUCCAACAACUAAUGUGGCAGUGUAUUAGCACAGCUAGAUCAAAUUGUAAGGGCUCUGCAAAGGAAUGAGCGUUGUAGGGAAAUGUAAUCAAGUGCCACUAAGCUCUGAUCUGUGGAGUUAAUACACCGUGAGAAGGAUGCAUGAAUAUCCAAGAGAGGUGAAUGUCAUUCUGUUCAAGCCUCCAGGGAGAAAUACACCUGACAGGAGCAUAGCAAAAGCUGAAGUACCUUUAACACCGCCAGCUUUGAUGCAACAGCCCAGAGCACUGUGUGUAUUCUUUACACUUCAGAGAGUUAAUUAAAACAAAACAAAACAAGACAAAACAAAACAAAACAAAAAGGCAAAGUGUGGUAUUACAGCUACCCUACUGAACAGGUUAAAAAUUUCUCCAAUUUUUCCAUCUGCUAGACAGAUACUGCCCAUUGUAUGGUCACACUGAACCACUUGCACACUGAUGUCCUCACGACAGCUGCUUUGCCUUUCAGGAAGUCUUUCAGCAGAGUGCAGGCCUGCUAGACAGAAAAAGCUGCAACUCAGAUUAUCUGCAAAUAUGCUAAAUUUAUAAAAAAAUAUCAGUUUUUAGAACGAUUUUUUGGAGGCUUUCCUGGUGCGUGCCUAAUGCAGUACACAUCAUCAUUCCCAGGCAUGAGGAACUUUUCUCACAACAAACAAUUUGUACAACAAACAAUUCCAGGAAAAAUUCCCCUUUUCCUAUACCGUCAGAAAUCGGAACCUCUGUGAGGCAGGUCACCUCUUAGGAAAUGCCUCGCUUGACAUCAGACAUCCAAAUGCCAAGUCAUCUGUAUACAGGACAUGUCUGGCACUUGGGCAAGCAUGUCAAGGAUUUUGAAGCACAAAUGUAAAGCUAUUGAAAAAAAAUCAACAUAUGCAUAUAAAUAUGUAUAUAUUUACAUAUGUUUUUAUAUUGUAAUUGCUGUUUGGAAUAUAACUUCAAAAACCCCAUGGGGAUGUUGCCCUUUCCUAUAUUUUCAAAUAUAUUUGGCAUCAGUUCAGCACCAUUAAUUGGGACAACCAAAAAUGCUACCACUGCAUUGCGUGUCUCUCCCUCAUCCCUUACUGGGCUGGAGUCACUCGCAGCCAGUGAGCAGCUCAUGCCAGCAUUCAGAUUUGCAGAAAAACCUCUAAGCAAAUAUCUGUCCUUACCUCAUUUUUCCCCAGACAGACUGGCCUGUUGCUGAAUCUCUCAGCAGUGCUAAGAGCCCAUGAAUUAUCUGCACCCAGUGUCACUUGUAAGGCAUUGAGGCUCUCUGUAAAGCAUGUUCAGUGACCUCCAGUAGAAGUGUGCACUGAUGACUCCCAUCUGAUCCCAUUUCUCCCAGAACAAGCCUUCACCUCACCAGCGCUGACCUCAGGAAUCAGGAGCAGCUGUGCGAGAACAAAAGGAUGCCAGGAUGAACCUUGGUGCUUUGUGGACGUGAAGAGAUGGGGUUUCAUCUCCCAGGAAAUCAAGUCAAAGAUUUUGCUGCCUCUGUUGUCUUGGGAGUGUUUUUUUUUGUUUGUUUGUUUUAAGGCAGGGCCAAAAUUGUCCACUGUGGGCAGUGUGAAGUGCUUCUUCAGUGACAAAAUAAAAAAACUUUGGGCAUUCAAGAGUCUCUAGGCCAGCUCAGAUUUACACCCAUGCAUAUCCUUAUAUUCUCUGCAU